UGGAGCGAGUGAGUGAAUCGUAUGUGUGUAUCGGGUAUCGAGUACAACUGAGUGCCCGAUUAUCGAGUACCGAGUUUUGUGUGAGUCGAGUGCUCACAACAACUGUGUGAGUGUGUGUGCGUGUGUGUGUAAAAUAUAACAAACGACAAAGAGUGAAUCAUGUACAGGACGUGGCUCUGUCUGAUAUCUGUGCUGAGCGUUGCGAGCGCCGCCAAUCUCGCCUACUUGCCCCGCCAGACACAGAGGGCGGUGCAGCUCGGGAAUGCCUAUUAUUACAAUGCACCUGCCCCAAGCACAUCACAGGCUUUGCGUCGCAUUAUCCAAGGACAUCUGCAGCGGUUCCAGCAGGCGGACAGACAGAGGGUCAUUUCGUCACUGCCGAUGAGGGUGGAAGUGUAUCGGCAGUCGCCACAGCAACUAAUCUUUGAAUUUAUGCUGCCACCGAAUUCACCCACACCCAAGAAUUAUGCGAUGAAUUUUCUACCGGAGGGCAGGGACGUGGCACCCGGAACUUCCUAUAUACCAUUAAAGCUGUUCCGAAUACGAGUCAAGUGAGAAAAAACUUGGUCGGCAUCUUCUGUUAUUCAAAUGAGUUCUGCGUCUGCUAGGAAUGCCAGUCUUGUUAAGUAGCGGCGGCGGCGGCAGCGGCAGCGGCGGCAACCAGUAAAGGAGGUUAAUUUGUCAUAAUCCCAUUGGUUGUUAUACAAUGUUAAUGCUAACGACAUAUUAAUUCUUCGAUUAAUUCGAUAUUCAGAAAAAUAUAUGCUAUAAGUGCAAACAACAUCAACGGAAAAUCAGAAUUGAUAUUUUCAAGAAUAAUUUCUAAGCUCACG